AUGGUAUUGCAUAUGGCCUAUCAGCUAUUCAUAAAACGAAUAUUAUCCACCGUGAUUUUCAUAGUGGAAAUAUUUUGAUAGAUGGUAAUUAUCCUGUAAUAGGUGAUUUAGGAUUAAGUAAAUCAGCUACAGAAGCUGAAGAUAAUGAAAUUUAUGGAAUUAUUCCAUAUAUGGCUCCAGAGGUUCUUCAAGGGCAAAAAUAUACUAAAAAAUCAGAUAUUUAUAGUUUUGGUAUGAUUAUGUGGGAGUGGAUGACAGGAAGAAGACCUUUUUGGGAUCGUGCUCAUGAUACUGAGCUGAUUAUUGAUAUUUGUGAUGGCUUACGUCCUCCAAUUGGUAACAUAGGCGCACCUGAAGGUUAUAUUGAGCUAAUGAAAGAAUGCUGGGAUCCUGAUCAAAGUAAAAGGCCAGCUAGUGACAUCAGUAGUAGAAAUGUAAAAUAA